UCAAAAUGGCGUCGCGUGCACGGUGCCGAUAAUUUUCGUUACGUUAAAUGUUCGUUAUUAUUUUUCGUGCAUAAUAAAACUAAAAUGCAAUCGGUGUUUGCUGUUUAAACGUGUAAUGCUGAACGAAAUUCUACAUAAGGAACUGUGGAAUAACAUCACUCGAGCGGCAUCAUAAUCCUGGAAUAACUCGCGCGACAACGAUUGUGAGACAAGCAGGGAAGAAGUACUGUUUUGCGUAUGGCUUUUAAACCGCACGGACAGUUUUGUUUCGCCGAUAACCGCGUUCUUGGUGAGAAACGUCGUUGGCAUGACGAAAGACGCGUGUUUAGUUUUCGUGCAUCGUGAAACCACGACGAGCUAUGUGCUUUGACGUGCACGAGUGAAAUCUAGUUUCGUUCAAAGACUCGCGAAGGUGUGGAGACGACGUGCGUGUUAGCCACUAUGGCGGUGAAUCCGCGUGAUAUGGACGGUUUUAUGCCGCUCCUGUCAACGACGGACAUCAAGAAAAAGUUAAACGUUGGUAGUUUGCUGUUGAAUUAUUUGGGAGAUGCGACAAAGAGUAUCGAAUGUCAAGACAUCGGACAGUUUAUCGACAACAUCAUACCAUGGCUAGGCAACGGCAACCCCAAGGUUGUCCAGAAUGGUUUAGAAAUCCUCACGUUCCUCGGGGAUCGAAUGGGUCACGACUUCAAGCCUUAUAUUUCCACUAUCAUUCAACCAACGAUAGAUCGACUAGGUGACAGCAAAGAUGCGACACGUGAAAAGGCUCAGCUAGUGCUUCUUAAAAUAAUGGAGAAAGGAUGCAUGUCUCCGCAACAACUUCUGGACAGACUACGGCCGGCUUUUAAUCACAAGAAUGCAAAGUUACGAGAAGAAGCUCUAAUUCUGUUAACAACAACUUUGAACGAACACGGUGCCGAUGAAAUGAUAUUGUCAGGAGUGAUCCCGAGUAUCGUAAAAUUAUUGUCGGACCCAUCGGAAAAAGUACGAGAAACUGCAUUGAACACGCUGGCGGAUAUCUACAGACACGUUGGCGAAAGAUUACGCGUUGAUUUGCAGAGAAAGCACAACGUACCGCAAGCUAAAUUACUGUUGUUAAUAGAGAAAUUCGAUCAGCUGAAAGCCGCUGGCGACCUGCUGCCACUAGCAAUGUCUUCGGACGUUGGGAAGAGUACCGAUGAAACAGACAGAGCAAUCAAAUCAGCUCCUGUGAAAAGAUCGACUAUUCCUCCAAAAAGAGGACAAUUCGGUCCAGCGAAAGCUUCAUCUUCAGCUCUAGCUCAGCCUGGUAGCACACCUUCCACGGUUCCAAGGGCUACAACCGUCAAAAGGAACGUGUCAGUAAAAUGGACAUCGGGUCAAGCUGGUGCUGUCGACGAGGAAACCUUCCUUACAGCAUUCGAAGAUGUGCCAUCCGUUAAUUUGUUUUCCGCAAAAGAUCUCGAAGAGCAGAUGAAAAACAUAAAAGAUAAUGUUGGUGAUGAUAAAAAAGAUUGGAAGCAAAGGACCGAAAGUAUGAAAAAAUUAAGAGCGAUCAUAAUCGCGAAUGGUCCGAGUUACGAAAACUUUUUGGAAAAUUUGAAAAGUAUACAAAGAGCUUUUGAAGUUGCUUGCACGGAUCUUAGGUCGCAAGUGGUAAGGGAGGCGUGUAUUACCUUAGCAUUUCUUAGUCAACAGUUAAAAAAUAAAUUCGCUAGUUUUGGAGAAGCAGUCUUACUGACUUUAAUGAACCUUAUACAAAAUAGUGCCAAGGUUGUGGCAACAGCUGGUGCCGUAGCAGUAAGGUUUAUUCUUCAAAAUACACAUAGCAGUCGUUUUGUGCCAAUUAUCACAUCAUGUUUAAGUCACAAAAGUAAAGACCUUCGUCGAGCAUCGUGCGAAUAUCUAAAUCUAAUUUUACAAAUAUGGCCUACCCAAAUAUUACAAAAACACGUGACGAUAUUGCAAGAUACAAUCAAGAAAGGUAUCGCAGACUCAGAUUCGGAAGCAAGAGCUUUUGCUAGGAAAUCAUAUUGGGCAUUUAAAGACCAUUUUCCAGAACAAGCAGAAGCACUGCUCAAUAGUCUCGAUACUGCAUACAAACGAUCGUUGAUGUCUCUCAGCAACAGCGGUAGUAUUAACAGUUUAAAUGUAGUCACGAGAUCGGCGAGCGUUAGUCCUCGAACAUCCAGACCAGUAAUGAGUGCUACAGAUCGUGGUACUCCGGGUGUUAGGUCUACUAGCGCAAUAGAUUUACAAGCUGCACAAAGAGCUAAGGCAAGGAUGAUGUACGCGAACAUGAGCAGACAAAAAGCGUCCCUCCCACGUCCAAGUAAAUCGCCAGAUACAACUGCUGUUGCCAGUCCAGAAAGGAGUGCAAGAACAAGAACGAGAGUGUCCGGAGUGUCUCAAUCUCAACCUAGCAGUAGAUCAGGAUCCCCAUCGUCAAGACUGAGUUAUGCAACGUAUAAUCGUGAAGGAGAAUCGUUAAUUGCAAGACCUAGACGGUUAUCUGGUCAUGGAAUCAGAAGUACUGGUAACAGUCGUGAACCAAGUCCACAGAGGUUUGGAAUGGAUAGAAGUUUUGCAAGUAAAAUACGAGGCAGAAGUUUACAUAUGUCUCCAACGGAUAGGCCUCAAUCUAGACCGGUCAUGGCACAGAAGAUGUUGCAACAGUCACGAGAAGCAGAAUCAGCAUUAGCAGAUGCGCUUACAUUCGAAAACAUUGAUAAUUAUACAAGAACACCAAGAGGAAAAGGUGACCACAGCGAUGAUAGUGAAACCAGCAGCAUAUGUUCUGAACGAAGUAUGGAUAGCUUCAGACGACCAAACGAUUCGUUCUCAUGGAGUGGCUCUCAGCAAAGACUGUAUCGUGAUAUGUGGGAUCAAUCUAUCCCCAAGGAUAUUAAAGAGAUUAUAGAAAAUUGCGCACACAAGCACUGGGGCGAUAGGAAAGAAGGGUUAGUCGGAUUGCAACAUUUUCUUUCAAAUGGGAAUACGCUUACAGCUACGGAAUUGCGCAAAGUAACGGAUAUUUUUACAAAAAUGUUCAUGGAUUCACAUACAAAAGUAUUUAGUUUAUUUUUGGACACACUGAAUGAAUUAGUAGCUACACAUAGUGAAGAUCUUGGUGACUGGCUCUAUGUCUUAUGCGCAAGACUUUUGAAUAAGUUAGGCACUGAUUUACUUGGGUCGAUACAAGCGAAAAUUCACAAAACACUUGAUGUUGUUAGGGAAUGUUUCCCAGGCGAACAACUUUUACCUGCUGUAAUGAGGUAUUUGACAGAUCCAACACAAACUCCAAAUUCUCGUGUAAAAGUAGCUACACUCAUGUUCAUUACACAAAUAGCAGAAACGGCAGAGCCAUCUGCUCUUAAUAAUUCUGCAGGAACAGCGUUGGCAAGGUUACUCGAUUGGUCAAACGAUGUUAAAAGUCAAGAUGUUAGAAGACAUGCACAAAAUGCUGUUAUAUCGCUAUAUAAUUUAAAUCCUCCAAAAGUGACUAUGCUACUAGCCGAUUUACCGAAAUAUUAUCAGGAGGCGGCGCUGCCAUUAGUGCAGAAUCACUUAAGAAAAUCAUCAGGUUCAAGUAAUCCUGCAUCCCCUGGAACUCCACCUCCAAGAGCACAGAGUUCACCAGCACGUUCGAAAGGUAAAAGUGAUAUCGAUAAUGCGGAUGAAAAUUUAGAAGAAGUUUACAAUAUUUCUCACAGAUCUUUAAGACGUACAACAGCAGAGAUACAAAAUUAUGGUUUUGAACGUUUAGAAAGAGCAACUACUAGCAAAGACAGUGGAAUUAGUAAUAUGGCUGAUGUAGAGGAAAAAAUGGAAGGACUUACAUUAUGCAAUUCGGGUCGUUCGUCUUCUGUUUCUUCGCCAACACAAAGAGGUCGAUCUGUUACUAACAUUACAGUUAACGGUUCAAGUGAUACGAUCGCGGGAGAUCUCAUCUUACCUCAAGAAAACAAUGGUUACAAAACGCAUGGAUCAUCACCUGAUUCGAUAAAGAGGCCAGAAAUUUUAGAUAAUAUGAUUAAAACAUUACAAUCCAAAAUGACACAAACUGAAGAAAAAGUAUCAGCUUUACAAGAAUUUCAAUUAUAUGUUCGUGAAGGAGAUGCCUUAUAUAUUAAACAGAAUUUCAAAAAACUGCUCAAAACGUUACUAGAUAGUUUAACUAACGAUAACAAGAAAAUGCAAGUAGAAGUACUUCAAACAUUAAUUGACAUGCUUAAGUGCCCAGAACUCGUAGACAGUUUUUCCGUUUAUCCUGAAUUACUGGUUUUAAAAGUGAUUAACACAUAUAAGUUAGACGAUCAAAAACAAGAUUCUUCCAGUAGUAGUAAUUCGAGAUCUCCGGUUCUUUGGAUGGCAGAAAAAUGCGCUGCAACGAUAGCAAUGGUCCUAAAACCGGAACAAGUAAUUCAUUUAGUGUCGACUAUAAUAACUACUGAACCAUAUCCUUUGAAUAUGGGCGCGAUAAAAAUGCUUCACAAAGUUGUGGAACAUUGGGGUCGCGAUGCAAUAGAACCCCAUUUGUCAAAGGUUAUGCCCGGUCUUAUAAAAGCGUACGACGAUAACGAAAGUGCAGUACGCAAAAGUGCUGUAUUUUGUAUGGUAGCAAUACACUUGGCAGUUGGUGAAGAGGUUUUAAAACCUCAUCUCAGCUGUUUAUAUACCAGUAAACUGAAGCUUUUAAAUAUUUACAUACAACGCGCGCAACAAGCGAACAGUCAACCAGCAAGUCCACGUAGCAAUAGCAAGAAUUAACUAACAUCAAAUUCCGCGACACUUAGAAUCGCGAUACUUAAAAGAUUUGUUCGUUUGGGUGCAAGGCAUGAACGAAUGCUAGUUAGCUUCCUCAGUAAGUCCAAUCCGUGACGUCUACCAUUGAACGAUCGAAAGUUGUCGAAGUUUUUGAUUAUGAUAGACUGAUCCGUAUGAUUUUACGACAAGGUGUGUGCGACAUACCUGAACUCCUGACAGUGAUGUUGCACAAAAACAAGUAGUAUGCAAGUUAUUUACGCAUAUUGUUUUGUUUGCCAAAAAUUUAUACCUGUUGCAAAGAAAGAAUCGCUUUAGUCGUAAGAUUUAUUCACUCGUAAUAUGUGUAUUUUUUAUUCAUACGUUUACAUCUUGAUAUUAAG